GAAUGUUAGUCUGUGGAAGGUUCUUGCUGAUCAAUCUGCCAGUGGCCAAGAGAGGAACUUCAUUAUUAACCUGAAGGAACCAAACACCAAAGACAUGAAAGAGGAAGAACCAGAACCUCAAGGAAUUAAAGAAGAACAGCUUGGACUGUGUAUCUUUCCAGAUGAAAAGCAACUUGUUAAGCAGGAGACAGAAACCUUUGUAGGGUUUUCUGCUUGUGACAAACUAUUUCAAGUUGAACCUGAACAGCAACAGAUGAACGUGACAAAGGAGGAACCAGAACCUGUAGAGAUUAAAGAGGAACAUGGGGAUCUCUGGAGUAAUGAGGAUGAGGAGCAGCUUGUAGUGAAGCAGGAGGCUGACACCUUUAAGGUGACUCCUCUGGAUUUAAAAAAUUACACAAAUGAACCAGAAGAGAAAAUAAACCAACUUGUUAAUGCAGACUCCCCUGAAGGUGAGAAGCAGCAUCAGCAGGAUAAUAAUCAAGAAGAGUCAGGAUCAAACACAGAUGAAGAGCUAAAGCAUAAAAAAAGACGAGCGAAAACCAAAGAUCACAAUAAUGGUUCAAAACUAAAAAGACAUAAGACCAAUAAACCUUGUGAAGUAUGUGGUAAAUGUUUCACCAAGUGUAGCUGUUUGACUAAUCACAUGAGAGGAAAUACAGGAGAGAAAUCUUUCCUGUGUGCGCUUUGUGGAAAAGGUUUCCCAAGUCAAAGUCAUUUAAAUAUCCACAUGAGAGUCCACACAGGGGAGAAGCCUUUCUCCUGUCCAAGUUGCGCAAAAGGGUUUUCUCAAAAAAGUCACUUGAAUAUGCACAUAAGAACUCAUACGGGCGAGAAGCCGUACUCUUGUGAAAUGUGUGAAAAAUCUUUCAUUCUUGGAAGUCAUCUGGCUUGUCACAUGAGAACACACACAGGGGAGAAGCCUUUUUCUUGUCCAACUUGUGCAAAAGCUUUUUCCACUAAAGGUUACCUGACUAUUCACAUAAGAAGUCAUACGGGCCAGAAGCCGUACGCAUGUGAAAUGUGUGAUAAAUCUUUCAGCGUUGGUAGUUAUUUAGCUCGUCACAUUAGAACGCAUACUGGUGAGAAGCCGUUUUCCUGUCCAACUUGUGCAAAAGGGUUUCCCACUAAAGGUAGCCUGAAUACACACUUAAGAACUCAUAUCGGCGAAAAGCCCUACGCAUGUGAAAUGUGUGAUAAAUCUUUCAGCUUUGGUAGUUAUUUAGCUCGUCACAUGAGAACGCACACAGGUGAGAAGCCGUUUUCCUGUCCAACUUGUACAAAAGGUUUUUCCACUAAAGGUAGCCUGAGUAUUCACCUAAGAACUCAUUUGGGCGACAAGCCUUACGCUUGUGGAAUGUGUGAUAAAUCUUUAUGCUUUGGUAGUCAUUUAGCUGGUCACAUGAGAACGCACACAGGUGAGAAGCCUUUUUCCUGUCCAACUUGUGCAAAACGUUUUUCCACUAAAGGUUACCUGAGUAUUCACCUAAGAACUCAUUCGGGCGACAAGCCUUAUCAUUGUAGAGUGUGCAAUAAAUCUUUCAGCACUGGUAGUUAUUUAGCUGGUCACAUAAGAACUCAUACGGGCGAGAAGCCGUAUGCAUGUGAAAUGUGUAAUAAAUCGUUCAGCUGUAGUAGUAGUCUGGCUUGUCACAUGAGAUCCCACUCAGGUGAGAAACCUUUUUCCUGUCCAACUUGUCCAAAACGUUUUUCCACUAAAGAUAGCCUGAGUAAGCACACAAGAAUUCACACAGGUGAGAAGCCUUAUCAUUGUAAAGUGUGUGCUAAAUCUUUCAGUACUUGUAGUAAUUUAGCUGGUCACAUGAGAACGCAUACUGGUGAGAAGCCUUUUUCCUGUCCAACUUGUGCAAAAGGGUUUUCUCAAAGAGGUCACCUGAAUAAGCACAUAAGAACUCAUACGGGCGAGAAGCCUUAUCAUUGUGAAGUGUGCAAUAAAUCUUUUACUUCCUCUAGUAAUAGGAUUAAACAUAUGAGAACUCACAGGUGAGAAGCUGUAUGCUUCUAAAGCGUGUGCUAAGUCUUUCAGACUCAGUUGUCAUCUGGCUGAUCGCAUGCUAACCCACAGGUGAGAAGCCUUUUCUCUGUUUGAUGUGUAGAAAAUGUUUCUUCAAGCAAAGCAAUCCAAGUGUCCACAUGAGAAUCCAUGGUGAUGACAGGCGUCACUCUUCAGAUACAUAUUAAAUCAAUAACUGUUGUAAAUUAGCUAAACACAACAUACAAGUCAGUUUAAUCAUUAAAGGAAAAGUCCGGUCAAAAUCAGUAACUAAACUGCAUGAAGUACUUUAAAUAUAAAAUUAUUACAUACUUUUCAAUAAAUGAUGAGUUUUUUUAAUUAAGAGUAAUUUUCAUUUGAAUCUACUUUGCUGGGCGCAUCCAUCUUGGUUUAGAACAGUUCUUCCACCUCCCAGUUUGUGACGUCACAGUGCAGUGCCAUGUUAUCAGGGAGUGAAAACUCAUCUUUAGAAUCAAUCUCUGCUCAAAAUGGUGAUCUGCACCGUCUAAUCUAUUUUCAACAGUUAUCAGUUAUUGCAACCGUAAACUGCAGAAAAUACAGGCGUGGCUGCUCCUUCUGCCUUUAACUCACUCUGCUCCUAUGUCAGGAUGAGCUCCAGUGCGUUAUGGGGCGGAGGGAUAUUUCAGCGUCACUUAGUUUAGAGCCGAAACAAUCGACUUCACUUUCAGAAACAA